UAUACGAAAGCACAAUCAUUUCGCUUCAUGCGCUCGGCCAAGCUGGUCAAAUGUUGAACAAAAGAUGUCUUCACGCUCAAUUUUGUUCUUGCUUGCAUGUGACUCACAAAUUGUAUUAGUGCUUAAAGAGGGAAGAGGAAGAGUAAACGAAAAAAAAUCGUAAUAAUAUCAACUAUAAAAGUAGCAAGAUCAGUUGGCAGCUGUAACAGACAAGCUGUUGACAGACAAAUAGACGACCAUCACAGACCACUGUUAAAAGACACAGUAGGUUGCGCAAAAAGCAGUCCCGUUAAUUUUAAUGUUAACUAACUCUCUUAUGACGUCACAUAUUCAGAUUAGAUUCAUUAGUGCGCGCACUCAAUUAAAGCAUAGUCUGAGAUUUUGUUGUUUACAACUAAUAAAUAAUUAUAAUCAAAAACCAAAAAUGAAGUGUUCGGUGCUAAAUUGUAAGAACCAUUAUGAGAAAAAUGAUAUUUCUUUUUUUUUUUUCGUUUCCUUUAGAUAUUAAGCUGAAGAGGAAAUGGAUGGAGUUCUGUGGAAAGUGGCCAAGACAAAAUAACUGCCCAAUUUGGAAAGUGUGCGAGGCACAUUUUGAAUCAGAAUGCUUGAUAGGCAAAGUUCAAUGUGGUCCUGGCUUCUCAAGAAAGCUGCUCCUCAAGCCAGGCGCCGUGCCAACAAUUAAAGCCGACCCUGACGGCGCUAAUAUAAGGCACCGUACACAGCGCUCGGAAGAUCAUAAGAGGCGGCAACUAGUUAAACAAAUUCUAGCUAAUAAAGAAAAUGUAUGUGAGCCUGCGGUUAUUGAAGAAGACAAUGUUCGACUAUUGGAAGCAGAAACGUUAUUAGAGGAUAUAAAUAAUAAUAAUGUUUUCCAAAAUGAGUUGAAGGAACGCAUAAUGCUCUUGGAAAGCCAAAUAAGAGCAUUGCAAUCAGAAAAUCAGAAGCUGCAAACUGCUUUACGUGAUAAAGGCUACGCACAUGAUAAAGAGUUGCGUAAAAAGGAGUUCGAAUUUAGUGAACUACAAAGAAAGUUCGAAAAAGUGGAAAACGACUCCAAAAAUAUGGAAAACAGCCUGAAAAUAAUAUUUACAGAAAGGCAAAUAACAAAAUUGAAAAAUAAAGACCGAAGGCAAAAUUGGAAUACUGACGACAUUGCCAGGUCAAUAAUAUUUUAUUCAGCCAGUCCAAACGGAUACAGACUGCUGCGCAGGAAUAAUUUUCCACUUCCUGCAAUAAGAACUUUGCAGCAUUGGGCUCAAAAAAUUGAUAUAUGCCCCGGAAUUUUGGCGCCAGCUGUAAGAAUUUUAAGUGCAACUAUCCAUAUGUCCGAAAUUUUGAGUUUCGAUGAAAGGAAAGUGCGCAGUGUUUAUACAUACGAUAAAUCUGCAGACUCUACAUUGCCGCCUCUAACUAUGUGCAAGUUGCAAUGCUGCGAGGUUUUUCUUUGAUGGCAGAAGAGUUUACGUCUUUGCCGAUGUGCCGCAUCUAAUAAAAUUGAUAAGAAAUCAUUUUAUAGAUUCCGAAUUUAUAAUUAAUGGGAAAUCCGUUAAUGCAGCUAUCAUAUCGGAGCUUUUAAAUAAUUUUGCGGGUGACUUGUCCAU